AUGGAGCCUUCAACAUCAACAGCAUGCGAUAGUAAGAAGAGAAAAAACAACGCCCCCGCAGCACAUGAGACGGCCAAGAGAUUAAAAACCGGGCAGGAGGAUGAUGAGGCAGUGGAGUGUGGACGUACCUCCUGCUCACCGAGGAUCUCUGUGUUGCCUGAAAGCCUCCAACAAGCAAUUACGCAGAAUGAGCUGAUGGAGCUGCUGCAUUAUGCCGCUCUGGGGAAAACAGGUGGCAUCAAACAUCCCAGUUGGUGUCGUCUCCACCGCCAGAGGAAGCUCCAAGGUGUGAAUGUUGUGCUGGUGGAGGGUCUCACCCAAAGACACUUUUAUAAACACUACCUCACCCUGCGACACCUCAGGAGCAACUACACCACUAGGGUCACCUUCACUCCAUCACCUGACAAUCUUGCGUCGGAAAUCUUCAGGAGUGAACUUCCUGACUUUGACUGUUCAUCUGUUUCCAAAACAGAAAAGGAAGCGAACAGCAUACAUAAAGCAUUGAAGGUUCAUCCAGUAAUCGCCAGGUUUGGGACGAAGAGGAGAGGACUGACAGCGUAUGUUCUCACCCAAGAGGAGAUGAUCAAGAAGCACUACCCUGUUAAAGGAAUGCCGGGCUUUGAGGAGUUUAUUUGUACAGAUAGUGUUGAUAAUGUCACUGACAGUAGCCCUUUGUAUGGACUUGACUGUGAAAUGUGUCUAACAGAAAAGGGAUAUGAGCUGACCCGGGUUUCUCUGGUGGAUAGCGAUGGGAACUGUGUUUUGGACGAUCUGGUGAAACCGGAGAACCGAAUCCUCAACUACCUCACACAGUUCUCUGGCAUCACCGCAGCGAUGUUGAGGCCAAUCACAACCACCCUACGAGAUGUCCAAACCAAGAUUAGGACGUUGUUACCACAGGAUGCGGUCCUGGUGGGCCACUCCAUCAACAACGACCUCCUGUCUCUGAAACUGAUCCAUAAGAAUGUAAUUGACACUUCGUUGCUGUACAGGAGAGAAUUUGGGCAGAAGUUUAAACUCAAGGUCCUGGCCGAGACAGUGCUGAAGAGGGAAAUACAAACUGAUGACAAGAAGGGUCAUAACCCGAUAGAGGAUGCUCUGGCAGCGCUGGAGCUGGCUCAGUACUUUAUUAAAACAGGACCUUGUCAGGUUGUAGAGCUACAUCUGGAGGAGCUGUGGGGAUACACAAUAGAAGAGAAGUCCGCUGACUGUGAACCUGCUCCCACACCUGCACCUGCACCCGCACCCGCACCUAUUAACAGGUUUGCUGACAUAUUGCAGACACUCGGCCGCUCUGUCGCCUUUUUAGGAAAACGCUCUGACGUCGCCCUCCAUCUGUCCAAUCAGCAGUGGCACAGCUCUGACAAAGAGGUAGUGGCCGCUUUCAGGAGAAACACCAAGUGUCCGUUCUUCUCUGUGCUGCAGUUGUCGUCUUUUUCAAACCAGCUCAAGAGUUUCUUCCCUCAUCAGAAGGUGUGUGCAAACCUUCGAGAUAUGUGUGUAGUGUUCGCCGGGCCGCUCCCUGCUGACUUCUCUGAGAGAGAUGUGAGGCGGCUGUUUCGUUGCUGUGGAGCGGUCCGGAAAAUCAAAAUGCUGAACGCAGCUGUCAGGGUCCAUGCGGAAGUGGAGUUCGAGCAGCUGGAGGGAGCUCUGCUGGCUUUAAAAACUUUGAAUGGACUUAAUGUGCAGGGACAGUCCAUGAAGGUGCAGAGGCCUGUUCAUGAGUCGAUGCUGGACCUGGAUCUGACUCUUGAUGCUUUGAGUGUUGAUGUUCUGAACUCCAGUCACCUCUACACUGUUAAAUUAAAACCCAGUAUGGCCGACAGCAUACACCUUUCUGCUAAAGUUAACGGGCACGCUAAAUGUUUAGAUGUCACUCCUUUUCAAACAGCGAAGAAGUCACCUCCCGCUACAUUAAACGGUCACUAUACUGAGACUGAGUCAAAGAAGUUUUCUAACUCAAAGUCUGAACUGUCUGAGGAGACACUCAGAGGAACAUUUGACCGCUUCGGUGCAGUAGAGGGAAUCAUCCUGCCUGCCAAACCUGGGAAACACCCAAGACAUGCACACAUAAAGUUUGGUAGUUUGGAGGGGAAACACGCGGCUCUCAGCUCCUCUGAGGAUCUUUGGAAGGAGCACUACCUCAUCUGUCCAUCCCUGACUCCACCUCAUUUGUCUUCAUGGGUUGCCAUGACAACUUCAAUGAAUUCAGAAGAAGCUGAUGAGGAAGCAGUAGAAGAUGAGGAGAGGACUCACACGCACACCAGCUCUCAGAUCCAGGAGAUGGAGCUGAUGAUGAUGAAGAAGUUGGACCGGCGCCUGGGGAAGCUCUUCAGAUCUCUCCCAGACUUCACUUUAUCUGUGGUUAUUUUCCUCGGACAUACAAGCGCUCAUGGACACCUUCCUGGUUUAUGUCUUCUGGAGGUCAAGCAGGAACCUUGAGGAGAACAGUGCCAGCCGAUCGAUGCCUGAUCCUGUGUGCCAACGGCCCCAAGUGAAAGCAAUAAGGAUCCAAUAAAUAUGAAUGAAGAUAAAAAAUAAAACAAGAUAUAAAAGAAACAAAAGGAAGUAUAAAAUAAACACCACAGACUUUGUUUUAAUGAGACUUCCUGUUCACUGAAACAGAGUCUGUACGAUGAGACGCUCGUUUAAGUCAAACGAUGUUUAAAAAUAAUGUGUUGUUGCCUGGAGACAGUCAGAGCUACAGUACAAACUAACAUCCAGGCCUUUGGGACAUUUUCUUUCUCACUGCAUUGUAAACUGUGUGUGAUUAUUAUUGGACGACAUCAGUUCAUGAGAAGUGCAUCAUGGAGGUUGAACAAAGUACAAAACUCUGCAGCACAACACUGAACUCUAGUUUGAAAGUAUUUCCAGUUUUGUUUUACUGGAAGAAAAUCCAACAGCAGUUUCAUGAGGUCACUGUGAACCCAAGACAGACUGUAUCAUACACUGUUAUAAUAUUAAUGUAAAUCAGGUGAAAUGUCACUUUAAACUUGAGCUGGAGACUUCUAGCU